AUGCCUCCCAACUCGACGGGAUACCGCAAGAGGCCUCCCAACUCGACAGGAUACCACAAGAGGCCUCCCAACUCGACGGGAUACCACAAGAGGCCUCCCAACUCGACGGGAUACCACAAGAGGCCUCCCAACUCGACGGAUACCACAAGAGGCCUCCCAACUCGACGGGAUACCACAAGAGGCCUCCCAACUCGACGGGAUACCACAAGAGGCCUCCCAACUCGACGGACACCACAAGAGGCCUCCCAACUCGACGGGAUACCACAAGAGGCCUCCCAACUCGACGGGAUACCACAAGAGGCCUCCCAACUCGACGGGAUACCACAAGAGGCCUCCCAACUCGACGGGAUACCACAAGAGGCCUCCCAACUCGACCGAUACCACAAAAAGACUCCCAACGGGCGCGGGGCAGCUGUCUGCUCCACCAGGUAUACUGUCUGCUGCCUCACACCGUGUGUGUCUCCUCUGCUCCACCAGGUAUACUGUCUGCUGCCUCACACCGUGUGUGUCUUCUCUGCUCCACCAGAUAACAUCAGCCACCAGCACUACCCGCACUACCAGCUCUACCAGCAUCAUGAAAGCCACCACCACCAUCCCCCUCUUGCAGCUGCUGGUACUGGCUCUAGUCCUAGCAGCCACAGCGUCACCGCUGUCACAAGAGGCCUCCCAGGGCGGCGAGAUACCACAAGAGGCCUCCCAGGGCGGCGAGAUACCACAAGAGGCCUCCCAGGGCGGCGAGACACCACAAGACGCCUUCCAAAGAGACAGGAUACCGCAAGAGAACAGCCAACGAGACGGCAAAUCCGUUGUAGUUCCUAUCGUGAUCAAACCUGUUACACUACCAACAACAGGAACCUGGCCAAACUGGAGUGUCUGGCCCACCUGGGGCUCUUUGCCCACCUGGGGUACCUGGCCCCCCUGGGGUGCCUGGCCCAUAAAGGGUUAAUGACCCAAAAGAAGUUCAUGGCCCAACUGGGAUUCCUAGCGCAGCUGGGGUUCCUGGCCCAGCUUGGGUUGUUGGCCCAGCUAGGUUCCUGACCCAGCUGGGGUUGCUGGCCCAGUUCGGGUUCUUGACCCAGCUGGGUUCCUGGCCCAGCUGGGGUUACUGGCUCACCUUGGGUUCCUGGCCAGGCUGGGGUUCCUGGCUCACCUUGGGUUCCUGGCCAGGCUGGGGUUCCUGGCCAAAAUGAGGUUCCUGACCCAUCUGGGGUCCCUGGGGCUCCUUCAGAAAGAAGAAACCUCUCCAUUUGAAAUAUCAGUGAACCCCAAGUGAACCCCAAGUGAACCUUCAUAUCUAAGCUUAGCUGUUGUGAUACCGUUUAGGCACACCCCAUUCCGUUGUUUUUACCGUUGUUUAUGAGAACCUUCACGUCCAACUUUAUCUGUUGUGUUACUGUUUAGUCCCCGUUGUUUUUUGCUCAUUUUUAGAUAAAACAUUAA